AUGGCUUCUUCUUACUUUUUUCUCAAAUUUAUCAAACACAAGAAAUUUGAAAGUGGAGAACAGAAAAGGUUAGAGAUAAUUAAAAAUACCUAUAAUACCCCCUCUACAAAAUGCAGAAUAUGCCUAAAGGAGGGUUCUGUUCCCAUUUACGACACGAAACAAUCUUUGGACAUUUCAGAUGCUGUAAAAAUUUUUGGUGAUAUUGAAAUAGACGAAAACGAUGGCCUUCCAAACCUAUUAUGCGACUUCUGCUAUUCCCUUUUGCAAGGCGCAAUUUUAUUCAGGAAGUUAGCAACAGAAACCAAUCUUUUUCUUCUUUAUAAUUUACCUGCAGAAGGGUUGAUGAAUGAUACUGCGCUGAAUAAUAUCUCAAACGACAACAACAUUUACGAUGCAGAAAAUAAUGUUAACAAUGAGGAUUCUUUUAGAUGUACCAUAUGCCAAUUGGAAUUUAAUACCUACGAAACAUACUUACAGCACCAAAAUUCAAAACAGCACCGGAGUAUAAGAGUUCAAUGCCGUAUUUGCAAAGGUUUGAUAACAGCACAGUCAUAUAGGAAACACUUGGCCAGACACAAGUCUACCUCGCAUUUGAUCUGUGAUGUCUGUGGGAAGUUGUACCGUAAGGAUAAUUUAUUGAGACAUUUGCAAUUGCACAGUUUUGAACUGCCAUAUCAGUGUCAAGUUUGUCCAUAUAGAGGGAGGUUUGUGGAGUCUUUAAAAAUUCAUAUGAGGUGUCACACAGGUAACAAACCUUUUUCUUGUCAUACAUGCAAAUUGAAGUUUUUGACACGGAGUAAUCUGAACAGACAUUUAUUAACACAUAAAAAGGAUAAACCAUUUAAAUGUAUUGAGUGUGACAGGGGCUUCUAUACUCAGAAGGAUGCCGAUGUUCAUUUUAAAUCAAACCAUGCUGGAAUUAAGGAUUUAUGUUGUCAUAUUUGUGACAAUAAAUAUGCAACAAGGAAAGCUUUAUUGAGACAUGAAUUAAGAGUGCAUAAAAGAGAAAAAAUGGCAAAAGGGCGUACACCACUUUAUUUACAGGAAGAAUUUAAAAAAUAA